CUUUGGUCAAAACAAUGAUGAAAUCAUAUACCAGGCAGACAUUAUGGAGCUUAUGCCCCGAGUCAAGCGUUGAUGCUGAUGUAAUUACAGCGUUAGCAUGCCACUUGACCUUGGACGAAGUUAAAAGCGAUACUGGUCGUGGAAGAGGAGUGUGCUUUCUGCCUACGGAAUUGCAGGAUAUGGUCGUUAAUUAUGGCAUGACAUCUGCAAAGGCAUUAGAGUUAUAUGAUACAAAAUUCCUAUCAAAAGCUCAUAACUGUAGAAAGGUUUGUCUUCCCAUGAAAGAUAUGAUGAAUGAUGAAGGCAUCCACUGGUAUUUAGCUAUAAUUUUGAUGGACCAGAAACAAGUACACAUUCUGGAUUCAUGCCCAUCAAAAGAGCGCCAGACAAUCCGUAGGAAUGCAGUUAACACAAUGAUUGAAUUUCUGAACGACUUGUUCGAUGCCUUACACAAGGAAGUUCAA